AUGAAGGGUGUUUGCGGGUUUGCGGUGCUCUUAGCCCUGGCAGUGCCUGCGGCUGCCUUGUUUGCCGAGGACAGCAACGAACACAUCAUCGACGACCAGCCCGCGGGGCUCUCGCGUGACCAAGUGGAGACCAAGAUGGCCAAGCUGUUCAACAUUAUCGACGAGAACAAGGACGGCAUGAUCUCCAACAAUGAGCUCGAGAAGUUCAACAGCAAGAACCUCCAGAGGGUGCAGAAUAUGCAGCUCGAGCAGGAAAUGCAAAUGGUCGACAAGAACAAGGACGGCUUCAUUGACUUCGAGGAGCUCAGCCUGACGUUCCCACCCGAGGCUGGCACUCCCGACGACUUCAUGGAGGGACUCAACCGCAGGUUCAACAUUGCAGACAAGGACGGCGACGGCAAGCUCACGAAGGCGGAGAUGCACAUUCUGCUCAACCCAGCACACGACGAGGCCAUGCUCGAGCUGGAGAUCAAGGACAUCAUGAUGACGCACGACAAGAACGGCGACGGCCUCAUCUCGAUGGACGAGUACUCCUCGUCCAAGCCUGACAGCGAAAAGGACGAUGAGUUCCUGGAGGUCGAGUUCAAGCCCUUCGACCUGAACGCUGACGGCCUGCUGUCCUCGCAGGAACUUGUCCUUGCAUUCAAGGAGGAGGCCUCCGAGGACGUUGAAACCAGCCUGGAGGACGUCUACGCCAUCCUCGGCACCGAGCCAAUCGAUUACGCCAUGUGGAUGAAGUACGCGUUGGAGCUGUCCACUAGCUCUGUCACCGACCACGGCGAGCUCCUGAGGUUCCCAGGCGACUACGACCUUGACCUCUCCGACGACGCCCGUGAGCGCAAGGGCCAGGAUGGCGACUACCCCUCAUCUGAGCUCUAA